AACCCGCGCGGCGCCGCGGCCGCUCCUGGGCCGUCCGGGCGCGCUACGCGUGUUGUCGUGGCGUGCACCUCCCACGGUGUGCCUGGCCGCCCAUGCCCAGGCUGCACGACCACAUCUGGAGCUACCCAAGUGCGGGCUCUGCAAGGCCGUACAGCCUCCCGCGAGGCAUGAUUGCGGCGGCUCGCUGUCCGCAGGGCCCCGGAGCCCCCGAGCCCGAGCCAGCGCCCCGGGGCCAGCGAGCGGGAACCGCAGGAUGCCCCGCGCGCCCGGGCAGCUGGCACCACGACCUGGUGCAGCGAAGCCUCGUGCUCUUCUCAUUUGGCGUGGUCUUGGCCCUGGUGCUCAACCUGCUGCAGAUCCAGCGGAAUGUCACGCUCUUCCCCGACGAGGUGAUAGCCACCAUCUUCUCCUCAGCCUGGUGGGUGCCCCCGUGCUGUGGCACGGCAGCCGCUGUUGUCGGCUUACUGUAUCCCUGUAUUGACAGUCACCUGGGAGAACCACACAAGUUCAAGAGAGAGUGGGCCAGCGUCAUGCGCUGUAUUGCGGUGUUCGUUGGCAUCAACCACGCCAGUGCCAAAUUAGAUUUUGCCAAUAAUGUCCAGCUGUCCUUGACUUUAGCAGCCCUGUCUUUGGGCUUGUGGUGGACGUUUGAUCGGUCCCGGAGCGGCCUUGGACUUGGGAUCACCAUCGCCUUCCUAGCUACGCUGAUCACUCAGUUUCUUGUGUAUAAUGGUGUCUACCAGUACACGUCUCCCGACUUCCUCUAUAUCCGUUCUUGGCUUCCGUGUAUAUUUUUCUCAGGAGGUGUCACGGUGGGAAACAUAGGACGACAGUUAGCUAUGGGUGUUCCGGAAAAGCCUCACAGUGACUGAGCUUUAGCACAUGGUUCAGAGCGGAAGCAGGAUGCGGAGACACUGGACCUGGGUGUGAUGAAGAUGAUCUUUUUCUCAAUGUUCCAUUUAGACUGGGCUGACGAUAAAUGACUCCUAAAGAUGCGUUCACUUAGUCUAGACCAGCAUGUGGAGGCAAGGACCACUUACCUAAGUCUCACCUUGCUCCCCCACCCUCACAGCCGUCUGCACUGGGACACUCCAUCCCAGGCUGUAUGUGGGAGGCGGGGAGGGGCCAGUUUCUCGAGUAUUAGAGUUCACUCAUCAUUCAAAGCAAAAUGCCAUAUUUCAAAGCCUUGAAUCAAAAUGAAUCACCAACGAGCAGUUUUGUGUCCGUGCCCAAAGGAGCGAGGUUGAUGGUGCUUAACAGAGAUGAAGUGUGUGUAGUAAUAUUUAUCCAGAAUUAAAAUAUAGGGUUGUAUAAAGAGAUGGUGAGGGCAGCAAUGAACUGAAGGGAGAUCACGCUCCCAGUGGGACCCAGUGCAGCCGUCUCCAGGUCACUCAGGCUAGUGCUCACGUUGGUUCCAUCCAUGUAGGGUCUGUGCUUUUUACUGCCAGGAGGUUUGUAGACAAUCUUAGUGAAAGCCGAGGGCAGCACAGUCAGGAUUCUGCAUUGUGAUGCUGGACUUUUCACCUCAGUUUAAAGUGAAGUUUUAUCCAAGAUCUGGACCAUCUAAGAGUGAGUAGCUGUUUGCUGUUUCCGUCAUAAUGAGCCGAAGUUGUGUCUCUGUCACUCCAGAGUGGAGAGGACUUUUCCACAGCCCUAUGGAGCUUGCAAUCUGUGAUUGCCUCGUAAAAGGUUGAGUGCGCGCGUACUUUACGCGGUGUCCUGUGUGCGUUGGACAGCGUAGAACACAUGGGACCUAACUUGCAAGUAUUGGGUCUUCGACUUCAAGUGCAAUGUGUAUGAAAACCAAUCUGAGCCUUGUAUUCUCUUAAAUAUUUAUUUUUUAUUUUUUAUUUUUUUUUUUUUACUGCGCGAGCUGUUCCAGAGAAGGGUUCUUGGGUCAUUUCAGAGCUGCGUGGAGGCGCACUCAGCAAUACUGUGUCAGCCGUGACGUGACGCGCCCCCAUCACACCCCCCAUUGCGCCCUAGUCCUCUGACAUACUCCAGGCUUGUGAGUUCAGUGAUUUUUUUUUUUUUUCUUACAAACUUACCUUUUUUUUGGUAUUCCAAAAUGUGUUUGUAUUAAAUUAUAUGGAACUGACUUGGUGAAACAGUAGUCGGUCCUUGGGCAGGGCAGAAGCUCUGUGCCUGUGGACAUCUGGGUUUGGGUUCACUCUCGCAGGGCUCCUCCUAGGGGGUUUGCUUAUUUUGUUUUGAGGGAAAUGUCUGGAGUAAACCUUUGUUUUCUGAAAGUACUUUGCCUAAAAGAAAAUGGGUUCUUCUAGACUUUGGAAUGGUCCUUAAAGUUUCCUGGAAAUAAAAACAAAUGAUUGGUACUUUGAAGACAUUCUUCAGCCAAGACUUACUUCAGUGUCUUGCAAAAACCACAAGUGACAAGAAGAAAAACGGGUGAUCUUGGUCAUGCACUUGAUUGUAUACAUGAGUAUUUUUUUCUCUAAAAUUGGAAAUAAAUCUGUUGGAAAUAAUGUAGCCACACAAAAAAAAAGUGACUCUGAAGGAUACUUUUGCCAAUAGUUACAGCAGUUACACUGAACCAAAGUGACUGAGUCUAUACAAACGGUAAUUGGUACCAAGCACACUCACUGUCCUGAUCUGAACGCCCAGCGAAGUUCACGACUGUGCUAGGUUUGCAGCAUUGUUCUUUUCAUCUUUUGCAUUCUUUUUUACUUUUAUUAAAGGUUCAAAACCA